AUGUCUCUGACUGCCGAUCCACCAGCAUGCUCCGUUCCAGCCGCCGGAGGAACUUCCGUUCACAAAUUGGUGAAUGCGGGAGCCGAGAAAAUGAUCUUCAAGAUCAAGUCCUCCAAUAACAAUGAGUACCGUAUCACCCCAGUUUUUGGAUUCGUCGAUCCAGCUGGAUCAAAGGAUAUCACGAUCACACGUACUGCAGGAGCACCAAAAGAAGACAAACUUGUCAUUCAUUUCGCUGUUGCACCAGCUGAUGCGACUGAUGCUCAAGCUGCGUUUGCUGCUGUUACUCCCGCCGGAACCGUCACGAUUCCAAUGUCGGCAGCAUAG